AUGCUUCUCCAGCUUCUCCAGUCCCUGGGUGUAUCCCUUGGAGAUGCUCUUCUCUAUCUUGUUAUGACGUCGGUCCUCCUGCUGAGCAUUGGCUUUACCAUUGCUAUGCAAUUGGGGAACUCAUACUGCACCCGCCGAAGUCUCAGGAACCUACAGAAUCUAGGCAGUGUCAGCAGUAAUAUGGAAGACCAGUACAAUUCUGAGUUCGAUCUGCCGCCAGGUACUGCUGUCGACGGUCCAAUGCAGAUCAAAGCAUUGUAUCUCCAUCCCGUCAAAUCGUGCGGUCCUAUUGAAGUGGAUCGGGCUUUGCUCACCAAGACUGGCUUCAUGUAUGACAGAUGCUUCGCGCUGGCAACAGAAAACACCGAGAAAGACAAUGCCGCGGCCUCAACAUGGCGAUUCAUCAGCCAGCGCACGAAACCACUCAUGUCACUGGUCAAGACAGAAUUAUGGGUUCCUCGCCAGGAAAUUGAUCCAACUGAUAAAAAUGUUCAGUCAAGUGGUUGCCUGGUCAUGAGAUUUGAUGAUCCUGACACCCCAACCUGGGUCACCCGACUCGAUGCUUUCUGUCAGACGUGGAAUCCUUUCGCAACUCCAGAAGUCUCCUUUGUUGUGCCUCUGCAUAUCGAAAGCUAUCUGACAGACAAAACCAAAACGGAUUUGAAAGCCUUCGGUAUUCAUAGCCGCAAUGCAAUGGGCCUGGACUUUGGUGGUAUUCCCUCCGUCGCAGCAGCUUUGCCAAAAUUGAAGCGAUUCUUGGAAAUCCCGGAAGGCCAACGUCUCACGCUCUUCAAAUGUACCCCGGACACAUUGGUUCGUACCGAUAAAAACCUUGCACCACUCGCACAUAUUGGCUCGCCAGCCGUACAUGGCUACACAGAUCAACAACCCAUCAACAUCAACAGUCUGACAUCUGUGCAUGCCGUGUCGGCACUCCUACCCGCUGAGAACCAACCAAUGAACGCGCUCCGCUUUCGGGCAAACAUAUGGAUCACCAAUGCUCCUGCAUUUGAGGAAGAGACUUGGAAACGCUAUCGCAUUCUGCCCAAAAGUGGGGUUACACUGCCCCGAGCGGCUGUUGCGCCGACACUGUCCGUCGUCUGUCGCACAUCAAGAUGUACGAUGCCUAAUGUCAACCCGGAUAAGGGAGUCUUUGAUACCGAUAUCCCGCUUCCUGGGAAGAAAAGAGGCAAACCACAGCCUAGCACCACACUUGUUGAACACCGCACCAUUGAGACUGGAAAUAAAUCAGCACUUGGGUAUCUUGGGAUGCAUUGUGUUCCCGAGGACUCGAGCUUGAAGGCCGCAGAAGAGCAGGGGCUGGGAUUGUACGUCGAGGUUGGCGACGAGAUCCAAGUUAUUGACCGAGGAACUCAUCUCUACGGGUCGACAGGCGAUGAUUAUUAG